AUGGGUAUACAAGAUGAAAUGGGCGCUACAAUUAUGCCUCCUCAAGUUGUAGGGAACGAAAUUGAAGGGCCUAAAACGUUCUGGAGAGAGGAAAUUUUAAGAUCUCGAAACGCAAAAUAUCAAGGAGAUCAACCAUGUUAUCUGAUCAUCGAUAAUAAAGUUUAUGAUGUUAAAGAUUUUCUGCCUGACCAUCCAGGAGGUUCUGCAAUUUUGACCCGUCUCGGAUUGGAUGCUACAGGUGAUUAUCACGUGACUGAUUCACGAGUGACGUAUUUAUAUUAUUUUGUGUAUAUGUUAUUGUAUGCAUUUAAUAAUUUCCAUCCAAGUAGUACUCAUGAUUUGUUGGGUAAUUUUUAUGUCGGAGAUAUAGCAUUGGAAGAUAUCAAUUCCACAAAAGAAGGAUUUACAAAAGAAAUUCGUGAAAUUAGAGAACUUUUUAAGAAACUCAAUUAUUUCGAAUCAUCAAAAUUAUAUUAUUUUUUAAAAUUAUCCAGUAAUCUUGGUAUCUGUGCAUUGUCGGUGGGGGUGUUAUAUAUACUUGGAAAUUCAAUUUUGGGAGUAUUAAUAUCCGCUGCUUUAAUGGCAUUAUUCUGGCAACAAUGUGGAUGGUUGGCACAUGAUAUUUUACAUCAUCAACUUUUUGAUAAUAGAAAUUAUAAUAAUUUAUUGGGAUGUUUCGUUGGUUCUGUUUGUCAAGGUUUUGAUCCUGGCUGGUGGAAAGAUAAACAUAAUACUCAUCACGCUGCUCCAAAUGUUCAUGGUCAAGAUCCUGACAUUAAUACUCAUCCUAUUUUAAGUUGGUCAGAACAUGCUUUGACCGAUCUUUUUGAUCCAGAAUUUGCUAAAGAAAAUUCAAAAAUUCUUCCUCAAUGGUUAAUUCAUCUUAUGGUGAAUUAUCAAACCUUAAGUUAUUUUCCAAUUUUAAGUGCCGCGAGGAUCUCUUGGUGUAUUCAAAGCAUUUUAUUCAUUCUCCCAAAUAGUCAAGCUAAUCAACCUUCUCAUAUGCCAAUAUCAAAAAUUCAAAGGAUUUCUCUCGUCUUACAUUAUAUUUGGUUUGGUUCAAUAAUAUUCUUUUUAAUUGAUAAUUGGUUUUUAAGGUUCACUUUCAUUAUUGCUACUCAGGCGAUAUGUGGUUUAUUAUUGGCUUUGGUCUUUGCCUUAAAUCAUUUUGGUAUGAAAAUUUUAACUGAAGAAGAAUCUUCGAAAACGGAUUUCUUUGUUGAACAAGUGAUCACAGGAAGAGAUGUUAUCGCUUCCAAUCCUGCAAAUCAAUGGAUUGUUGAUUGGUUUUGUGGUGGUCUAGAUUAUCAAAUUGAACAUCAUGCAAGUACUAAGGAAGUAUUUGGUACUUUAGGUACCAUUUCUCACGUUGCAAGUAAAAAAUAUUAA